AUGAACGAAGAACAUACAUUCCAGGAGCUUGUCAUUGAGGAUGCACCCUGCCUCGAAAGGAUGAUGCAAGUUGGUCCUGUGGUUCCAGGAAAAAUCAAGGUCAUGGCAGCGCCGAAACUGACGGUGUUGGGGUACGUAUCAACCGAAAUGCGCAAACUUAUGAUCGGGACCCUAAUUCUUAAGUCAUAUGUACCGGUCCAGGAAAAUAUCCCCAUCCCGUUCACUGGGUCGGCAUGUACAGUGAAGAUUUUGGUUCUGGGACCUAGCAGCUCUAAUGGGGAGGCAUUUGUUGAAUUCCUUAGAUGCUUUCCCUGCUUGGAGAAGCUGUGCAUUCAGUCUGCAUCUCAGAGAAAUAGUACUGAACGCUAUCGAGGCAAUAAACGCAAUGUUAACUUCGCCAAGUUCUUUAUUUUGAAUGCAAGGGUGCUCAAGGUAAUGAAAUUUGGUGUGUCUGGUAACUGCGACGAGAAAUGGAUUUCUAAUCAGCGCGAGCAGCUACACCUGGAUAACAGAGCUUCUACAGAUGCACAGUUUUAUUUCGGAAGAGAUGAUGUUACUUACCCUUUUUAUAUCGGAAGAGAUUAUGUUCCUUACCCUUUUUUCUACAACGAGCAUAUAUAUGGUUUGCAGAGUGAUGGCGAUAGGAAGAAACUGCCGGAGGGAUCGUCGGCGCUUCAACAGAAGGUGGUGCGAGCUCAUGAUGCAGCGCGCGCGGCGCCGGCUGGUGGUCUGCCGAAAAUCACCGAGGCUGGGGAAGAAGAUCUUGAAAUAUGAAUCGGACGAAAACUGAACUGAUCGAAUCCUGCAAGUGCUGAUGUGCCGCAGUUUGUCUUCCUAGAACAAGAUGGUUAAGUUGCUGAUCUUGCUUUUGGUCCAGCGUGGUCUCGAUUUCAGAAGUUGGCGAUCCUUUUCUUUCAGUAAUGUUGUUAGCUUGCUAUGUCUCGGUGGCUGUAGUGUUGUUUCCUGAUUUUGUGAUGUUUGGAACUUCCUGUUGGUUGUAAUGACCUAAUGGGUGACUUGGAUCUUAAACUCGCUACCUUAGUUUAUGUCAUUAGCUGUAGGUGUUAAGUUUGGUAGUUUGUAUGGAACCCUGGUUUCCGUUGAAUGAAAUCAGACGGGGGGAGGCCCCUCUUUCUCAAACAAAAAAAUAAAAAAAAUAUAU